AUGAUUUGGGCGCAGACAUCCUGGUGGCUGAGCGUGUGGCUGCUGGCAUGGUGGCUGCCCGCUGUUUCUGGGACAUGCCCGCUCACAGGUCCACGAGCCUCUCCAACAAACAUCAUGCCGCCAAAUGCAGAUCCCGAAAGUGGCUCGGUGCUCAUGCGAUACAAUGCAUGGAAUGCCAGCAACCUGUCCAUUGAGAUGGCUUCGGACCUUGAAGAAGCCUCGGGCUACUUGAGCUUGGUCUUCGACGGCCCCGAGGGUGGCGGCUCCUUGCAGGCUGGGGAGAGCUUUUCGGACAUGGACGAGUACGUCCUCCGCCGGAUUCGCAUCUCCAUGCCGAGUGAGCACACCUUGCUCCAUCGGCACUUGCCUUUGGAGGUGCAGCUAUGGCAUGAGUCAGCAGUGCAUCGGGAUAUCAGCAGACUCAUCACGGAGCGUGCCAGGGUGCAGCAGAUGUUGCACAGGUUUCAUGGUCUCAUACAGGACUGGCAGUUUCAGCUCAAGAGGCUCGAGGAUCCUUCUGCCAGGAAUGUGUCCUUUCCGAACUUGCAAACGGAGAGGGACUGGGCCGAAGCCGUGCGCAGCGACAGCAUCCACGAUGGCGAGUCCUUGAUGGAACAUGCCGGCCAGUUGCGGCAUCAGAUUGCCCGAAUCGAUGAAGAAGUUGAGGUGUUGAACGAAAGGUUGCAGCGACCGCAGUCCGCUCGCAUGGUCGCACUUUCGCUUCUCUACACCGCACCCCAGGAUGCUGUGCUGGCCGCUUCGGGCCACUUCCUACGCUGGCUGGCAGGGACCAUCAAGCGCAAGCAGGAGCGCCCGAAGCCAGAAACGGAAGACCAGGCGGCACUGCAGGCUGAAGUGCAACAACUCCAACACCGCCUCGACGAAAUGCAGGGUCAGAAGGACGAGUUUGAGGGCACUCCCGAGCGACAGCUGCAGAGCGGCCCGGAAGGCCAGCAGGAAACUCCCGAGGUCUUUCACUUCGAGGAGUUCCACUCCUUCGGCAAGGACGCCGUUCGGGAUUUGCCUCUCACGGCCUUGGCCUAUGAAGGGAGCUUCACGAAGCCGCCCUGCACGCCGGUGGUGAGGUGGUAUCUCGUGAGCGAGCCACAGGCAGCCACAGCCCAGGAUGUGCUGAGCUUGGCUGCAACAGUGUUGGGGUCCGGUGAGAGCCCCAUGUGCCACCGGGUCCAGGGGUUGGAGGUUUGCAACCAGGGCAUCAGCCCCUCCGACGGCGUGUGGUGGAAUGGUCCCAUCAAGGAGGUCCCGGAGUCUCAGAAGAAGUUCCCCAACGCGUUCAUGAACACCGUCUCCCUGGGCUUCGGCUCCUUCCACAAGCCCCAAGAGACACACCUCAGCUCUCAGCUGGUCUCGCGGCUCCCGUGGGUGUAUGUUCAAGCCUGCUGCGCCGUGCUCCUGCUGUGCUCGAUUGCAAUGCUUGGAGUUAAGGUCGAGUUCUGCUAUGGCAACCAGGAUUUCGUCGUCACCUACAACCAGGAUGUGCAGCAGACGGUGGGCCUGAUGACAGCCUCCUUCGCAGGCCGAUAUGAAGAUGGCUUGUCCUUGAGCGAGAGAGCCGUGUUGCAGCAGACCGUGCCCAGCGGAGUGGGCGACGAUGGGAACACGUCGAACAUGUACCAUGGCAGCCUCAUUCAUUUCUCGGACGGACCCUUAUCCUUUGCAAAAGACUCGGUUGCCUCGAUGGCGGUCGUGGCCGAGGAGCUCCCGUCUUGCCUGGACGCGGAUAACUGGCUGCGCGCCUUUGGCCCCGUCUUCGCAAAGUCGCAGCUCUCACGCUUCCACUCCGCGGCGGUGCUGAUGGGAAGAGACAACGCCACCUCCUGUGCAGAGCUGGCGGACAAGUGCGAGGACUGGGACUCUCGCCUCCUACGCGGCGUCUGCGGAAGGACCUGUGGCUGCCACCUGCCAAGCGCCAUGACCUGGUUCAAGGUUCCGGAGCAGGGAUGCCCGACCAUGUGCCGCGGAGAGGCCACAGCGCUUGCCAAGGAGAUCCCGUGCGAGGAUGCCCCCAUCACGGACGAAUGGCAAUCUUUCUGGGACAAGUACCCAGACAUCAUGUCCAGACAUCUGGGCGUGAACCUUUCGUCUCCACAAGCACCUGCCGGCGCCCGCAUGUUGCGGGUCUUCGUCGAUUUCAUGAAGGCCACCGGAUGCCCGGGCUUGCUCUCAGCGCCCGACGAGAUCAUCACCAGGACCACGUGGUGCACAGGGAACCAGUAUGUUGCCCCCUUGGCCCACAUCUGCCCUGUUUCCUGUGGCUGUCGGGUGGAUAAUCCACCUGCACACUGCCCACAGAGCUGCAAGGCGUGUGGGGACACCGCGAACUUCCCCUCGGGCUCUGGCAUCGACAGCUGUCUUCAGGCCAAGGCCUUUGGCAUCUGUGGCAUUCCAGACCAUGCAGUCGAGCUCUGUGCUGGCACUUGCGGACUCUGCAGUGGCAACGCGAGCGUGAGCUCGGUUUGCCCGGAUGGCCCUUUGCCCCCCUUCUACGGCCUCGGAAGCUGCGCAGACAUCAAGGCUGCAGGUUGGUGUCCCCUGCUGGAGUUCCUGGGCUCCUCCGUGCGCUUGAUCUGUGGGCGGUCGUGCGGCGCCUGCACCUGA